CUUCUAUGUUCAUUUCGUUUGACACCUCGGGCAAGCGAAAUGUGGCCGGAGAAAUCAGUCGACGCGGUGGCCUACACCUCCGCCCUGGAUGAUGGUUCCGCACCCUCGAACAAGGGCGGAACCACCCAGGAUAGCCAGGAUAUGUGGCGGGUGGGCCGAGACCAGGAGUUGAAUCGCAACUUUCGAUUUCUGUCGGUGCUGGGGUUCAGCGCCGUGUUGAUGUGCACCUGGGAGGCCGUCCUCUUUGGCGCAUCAUAUGGUCUCACGGACGGCGGCAAGGGGGGUAUGAUCUACACCUACCUCGGUGUGCUGUGCGGAUUCAGUUUCGUCAUCCUGUCCAUGGCCGAGAUGGCCUCGAUGGCUCCCACCUCGGGCGGGCAGUACCACUGGGUGUCCGAGUUUGCCCCUCCGAGUUGCCAAUGCAUCCUCAGCUACAUCACCGGUUGGGUGUGUGUCCUGGGCUGGCACACAGGCAUCGCGGGGUGCUGUUACACCGUCGCCAACAUGUUGGUCGGUCUGUUGGCGAUCAACUAUCCCGACUCCUAUACCUACGAGCCGUGGCAUGUCACCUUGCUCGUCAUUGCCGUGGCCGUGGCCGCGUUGAUCUUCAACACCCUGCUCGCCCAGAAGCUGGCCCUGAUUGAGGGGAUCAUUCUGAUCGUGCACUGCUUCGGUUUCUUCGGCAUCCUGAUCCCUCUAUGGGUACUCUCGCCGUCUGUGCCGCCGUCCGACGUCUUUGGCUCGAUUGUCGACCGCGGCGGCUGGGGCAGUACCGGCCUCUCCUGCUUCGUGGGGGUCGUUGGUCCGAUUUAUGCCUUGAUUGGCCCUGACUCGGCGGUACACAUGUCCGAGGAGAUCCGCGAUGCCUCGCGGGUGCUUCCCAAGGCCAUGGUGUGGACCCUUAUUCUGAAUGGCGGCACGGGCUUCGUCAUGAUUGUGACCCUCGCCUUCUGUGUCGGCAACAUCGACGAGGUGCUGGCGUCGACCACCGGCUUUGCCUUCAUCCAGGUGUUCCUGAACUCGACGGGAUCGGUGCCCGCGGCGACGGGGAUGACGGUCGUGAUCAUGAUCAUGCAAUUCUGCGCGACGAUCAGCAACGUGGCCACCACCUCGCGCCAGAUUUACUCCUUUGCCCGCGACGGGGGAGUCCCCUUUGCGGGAUUCUUCUCCAAGGUCAAUGCCACCUUCCUGGUCCCGCUGAACGCCCUCUACGCCAGCCUGGUGAUCGUGUCCCUGCUCUCGCUGAUUAACAUCGGCUCGGCCGUGGCCUUUAACGCCAUCAUGUCGCUGGGCACUGCCGCCCUGCUGUCCUCGUACCUGAUCUCCAUCAGCUGCGUGCGGCUGCGGCGGUGGCGGCAGCAGCCCCUGCCCCCCGUGCGCUGGAGCAUGGGCCGAUUCACCCCCUUCGUCGACACGGUGUCUCUGCUGGUGCUGGCCAUUGUAUUUGUGUUCACCUUCUUUCCCCUGACCAACGACACCGCCCCGUCGGAAUUCAACUGGGCGAUUGUGAUCUUUAGCGGGGUGGUGGUCUUCGCCUUGGGAUACUAUGCGAUCUAUGCCCGCAAGGUAUACAAGGGGCCAGUCACCAGGGUGCGGGUUGCCCAGUAGAGCCCGUGUCCCGGGGAAAGGGUAGUAGGGUAGAAUUGCCCGGUCCACGGGGGCGUUUAACAUCCGAAUAAAUUUUGGCAGUCGCGGUUGCGCGAGUAUGAGCCAUAUAAUCAAUUGCCCUGUUUUCUAAUGUUCGCAGAGUGAGAAGC